AUGGACGAAGGCGCCGUUUCUGUCUCAUCAACUUCAACUUUUAGGCUCCGAUGGGACGUGUUCCUGAGCUUCAGAGGUGAAGACACCCGCUACACCUUCAUUAACACCCUCUACAAGUCGCUCGAGGAGAGCGGUGUUCGAAUUUUCAAGGGGUUGCGCGGCGGGGACGAGAUCAAGCCGGUUCUUUUCGAGGCCAUCGAGUACUUGGCCACUUCCAUUGCCAUCAUAUCCUCGAACUACGCAUCGUCGCACUGGUGCCUAGAGGAACUUUCCAAGAUAUGUGAGUACCGGAGGCUCCUUCUUCCCGUCUUCUACCGAGUCAACCCGUUGGACGUUCGACGACAUAAGGGACCUUUUGAAGAAAACUUAAGAAACCAUGAAAAGACGUAUGAGGAGGACAAGGUUAGGUGCUGGAGGAGAGCUAUGGAAAAAGCUGGUGCAACUAUUGGCUGGCCCUUCGAUAAGAGGUGGUAUAUAUAA